UCGCUAUCCCCUGCCUCCUCCAUUUCCAGCUCCACCACCUCUCGCCGGCUCCCCUCCCCCUCCCCUCCUCUCUCGCCGGCCACCGCCGGGCCGUACAGAAUGGUGGCGCCGGCUGCCGUCUCCACCUUCUCCUCCUCCUCCUCCUCCUCCUCGUCUUCCUAUUCCGUGGCACCCAGAACCCACCGCCGCGGCCUCCUCAGCGCCCGUGCGCCGCUGCCGCCGGCCCGGACCGUCGCCUCCUCCCGCACGCCGCUGGUCGUGUCCAGCCCGCCGCCCACGCCCGCCCCCGCUCCGGGGCACGCCAAGGUCGAUCGCUCCGGCCGCUUCUGCAGCCCCCGCGCCGCGCGCGAGCUCGCGCUGAUGGUCUCCUACGCGGCGUGCCUGGAGGGCGCCGACGUGGUGCGGCACUUCGACCGCCGGGUGGCCGCGAGAAGAGAGCCUGGGUAUGUUUUCAACAAGGCGUGCGUGCAGAGUUACAAUUUCAUGAGCUUCUGUGGGGGGCCUCUGGAGGUUGCGACGGAGGAGGAGGCCGAGAAGCUCAUGAGUCAGAAUGAGAAGGAUUCGGCAAACGAGGCAGAAGUUCUUUCAGCUCCUCCAAGGCUGGUGUACAACAAUUUUGUGUUACGAUUGGCCCGGGACAUGUUAGUGGCAGUUGCCAGCGGAUGGGAUCAGCAUGUUGAAGUUAUCAACAAAAUAAUUCCCCAACAUUGGAAGGAUGAACCUGUUGCAAGGAUCCUAGAACUUUGCAUUCUUCAUAUUGCCAUGGCAGAGAUGACAUCGAAAGGAACUCCUCACAAAGUUGCAAUUAAUGAGGCGGUAGAUCUGGCAAAGCGGUUUUGUGAUGGAGGUGCUCCUCGGGUAAUCAACGGAUGCCUUCGAACCUAUGUAAAGGAUCACAUGAGCAAUGGCAAUAGUCAGGCAGCUGAACUAAAGCCAUAAAGUUUCUGUAAAUAUGUAUUGCAAAGGCGGUUCAAACUGGUCCUGGCUUGAAAAAAAAAAGGAUUGACAGUUGAAACUACAGAAGCAUGGAGAAAACCUAGCUCUGUUCUGCCAAUCCCAUUCAGGGUGAACCCGAAAUUAGGCAAAGAAGCUGGGCUUGCGAAGAUCUAGAAAUAUCCUCAAAUGUUUCACUGGUCAUUACUCCAGAAGCACGACCUAUAUGCUGAUGAUGCACACUCACCGAAAGCAACUGAGGGAUACUUACUAUUUCUAACAGCUUUUGCACUCGCUAAACCCUGUGGUUCAUUGGAUGACAAGUGUUGUAAACUUUGUGUGAAUGUAAGAUUGUACAUCUGCUGAACUUGUAGCGCCAUGCCGGUUCUGCUCAAUAGUUAGAAAGGCGGAAUUUAGAGAGGAUAUUUGUAAGAUACAUGCCGGUUCUGCUCUAAUGUUUGGAUACAAUAGUUUGUAACUUUA